UCCUGUUCUCAGCUUGAGCACUUGCAUAGAAAUAUAUUUCUCGCCCAGAAUGCAAAAGAUCAUCUUCUUGCUGCUUUCGUUCUCAGUUGCGUUUUCUCUGUCGAACCCUGUUGCGGAGCGUGCACAGACUCUUAAUGUAGGAGAUGUGAUCGCUUUGUUUGAUGCAGACGAGCCAGAUCAACCCGCAGUUUUGUUUGUGCAACAGGCAACGACAGGUGAGACCCCUGUAUUAAGAACCCUUACUCCCGAAGAAUCGAAAGAUGAGGACAAAGUGGCAGGAAAAGAUUGCGAGGGCUGUGAUGGCGAAAGUGAAACGCAAGAGAGAUCAUUCCUUUUCAAAAAGUUAUUCCUGUCGCAUUUUGUACGCCCGGUUACCGUUGCCGCAGCACCUCCCGUCCGGCCACGACCAGUUGCACCCCCUUCGGCUUUCCUCAUUGGAACUGUCUAUCAACCAACAUCCUUUGUUGCGGCACCAGUCAAAACUACGGGAUCUGUCGCUGGUGUCGUAUCUAUUGGCGGGCAAACAACUAUGCAACUUGCCCAACCUUCCACGGGUCUUUUGUCUAGCACUGUUAGCCAAAUGAGUCCAGGUGCUGGCAUUUCUGGACAACAGUUGAUGCAAGGAUUAUUCCCGGGCGGACAAUCGGCUAUGCAAGUAAUCCAAGCUCCUACGACAUUGCCUACAACUGGUGCGGGUGUUCUAGGCUCUGGCUUGGCCAUGCAACAAUCGCUACAAGGGCCGUUCAUCGGAGGACAACAGGCGGUACAAGCGGUAGCACCCCCGACAGGUUUCUCUGCCUUUUCGGCUGGCCAAGCCGGUGGCAUGUCCGCACUACAGCAGCUCCAAGGACCACAGCUUUCCGCAUUACAGCAGCUGCAAGUACCACCGUUAGCCGCUGGAACACGACCAGCCGCACUUCAAGUUCCAACAGGCACACAACAAGUGGCCAGUCCUCCCUCUGGUCUAUUUCCAAACGCAGCUGGACAGGGCAAUAUCGGAAUUAACGUUCAACAAAGUAGUAUGCCACAUUCUGGCCAUGGUCCUACCCCUAACUCUGUCGCCACCAUCAACAUAUCAAAUGCUGAAAUACCUGAAGCUGAAACAGAUGAUUCGCCAGUAACACCGGAGGAAAUCUCCUGUUCCAAUUGUUGA